AAAAAUUCCGCUGCACUGUUCCCAUGACAACGACUUAACACACAGGAAGUUCAGAGCAGUUGGUCGAACGAAUUUCCGACCCACAGUUGGCUGCACUGGAUUCAUGACUGAAAAUGCCCAGAUUUCGUGAGCGUCCAGGCCAAACACACUGUCUUCCUUCCACACAAACAUCUUCUGACCCGAGCAGCCUGAUAGCUAACAGAUACAUCAUUCAGCAGAGACUCGGGAAGGGAAGCUUCGGCACUGUUUACCUGGUUAAAGACACAAAGGCAGUAGCAGCGGACAAACUGAAGGUGCUGAAGGAGAUUCCUGUUGGUGAUCUGAAACCCAAUGAGACGGUCCAUGCCAUUCAAGAGGCUCAGCUUCUCUCUCAGCUGAACCAUCCUGCGAUCCUUAAGUUCUACACCAGCUUCCUGGAGAGAGACGCCUUCUGCAUCAUCACUGAGUAUUGUGAGGACAAAGAUUUGGACUGUAAGUUGGAAGAGCUAAAACGCACAGGCAGGACGUUAUCAGAGCCUCAGGUCUGUGAAUGGCUCUGUCAGCUUCUGUUGGGAGUACAUUACAUACAUCAGAGGAGAAUACUUCACCGAGAUCUAAAGGCCAAAAAUAUAUUUCUAAGGAAGAACAUUGUUAAGAUAGGUGACUUUGGUGUAUCUUGUCUGCUGAUGGGGUCAUGUGAUCUGGCAACUACCUUCACAGGUACCCCGUACUACAUGAGCCCUGAAGCCCUCAGCCACAGAGGAUAUGACUCUAAAUCAGACAUCUGGUCUUUAGGCUGUAUCCUCUAUGAGAUGUGCUGUUUGGUGCAUGCUUUUGAGGGGCAGAACUUCUUGGCUGUGGUGCUGAAGAUUGUGGAGGGACCUACUCCAUCCCUGCCAGAAACAUACUCUCAGCAGCUCAACUCCCUAAUGCAAAGUAUGUUAGAAAAGGAUUCUUCACACAGGAUCUCAGCAGCAGAUGCUCUAAGGAGCAGGUUCAUUGAGGAAAGCUUGCAGAGCAUGAAACACAAGUUCUUUAGCCUGACACUGCGAGACAAGUCGAUGGGGGGAGAGAGAGAUGCAUCGCAGAUCCUGAGAGCACUGCAGAAGAAGGUACAUCUGCAGACACUGCGGGAGAGAUCAGAGGUGCAGAAAAUGAGCCCGAGAGAACGCAUGCGGCUCCGGAAACUCCAAGCAGCAGACGAGAAAGCAAGAAAGAUGAAGAAAAUUGUGGAGGAAAAAUAUCAAGAAAACCACCUUCGCAUGCAAGAGUACAAGUCCAAAAAUUUUCAGAAAGUCAGUGUGGAUGUUUUAAAGGUAAGAACUGAAGGAGGAGUUAACAAGACUCAACCGAUUCAGAGUGAGACACCAAAGGGAAACUCAGAACUGGCGGGAAGCAUUUCUCAUCUCUCCGAUAAGAUGUGCAAGUCUUUGUCAAAAGAUCAUGCAAUCCCAGAGGAUCCUCAGGUGGCGGAGGCAUUUUACUCCGUGGAUGAAUUUGAGUCAUGCUCGGAGGCAGAUUCAGAUGGAGAGGAAGACUCAGAGGAUAAUCUCCCCACAGACCCUUCCUGUCAGACAUUUGGACAGGACAGUGACCUGGAGGCCAUGAUCAGACACAUGGAGAAAGUUCUGGAUGGUGACUCAGAUGGAGCUGAAGCAGAGGAAGAGAAGCCUCAGCUGGGUUCUCUGGGAGUGAGUAGCAUGAACACCUCCAUGGCUGAGGGGAGAAUAGAGCGGAUGAGACGGUCUGUGUGUCGGAGGCUAGGAGAGGAGGUGUUCCUGAAGGUCUAUGACUACCUGAAGCAGGCCAGACAGAGGCAGGAGAGCGAGGAGAGCAUCAAACAGGCUCUGAUCCAGCUGGUGGAGAAGCCCAGUGAUUGCUUUGAAGUAGAUCAACUUCUUUAUUAUGAAGAGCUACUCUUGGCUGCACAGGAAAACACUGUUCGGGUGCAGAGUGGGCGUUCAGUGCGCUGUGGCCGUGACAGCCGUAUCACAGCUGUACCUUUAAUCGCUCGUUCCCAUCAACCAUGAGACCCUGACCAAGUGCAAUGAGGCAUAAUGCCAUCGAGGAGAUGAUAAUGCUGGGAACGCUGAAGAUAAGUAAUGCCUCCUCUUACUGAGAUAGAGAGAGAGUGUGUGCACUGCAUACUGUACAGUGUUUGCAUUCAUCUUUCUCCAAUAACCUGUCGGAGGUGCCCGGGGCCUAAACACAUUGCAUGUCAUUUUUACUCAUGAAUACAGAACUGAAUGAAUCGCAAAUAUUGACCAACAUGAUAUUGUUUUAUUUCUGUGUGAAGUACUGGAGAUUUGGCAGAUAUUUGCUCUAGUCUUGGAGGAAAUGAUCAGGUUUGCUGUUACAUUACAUCAGUACUGGAUUAUGUGUAAAUGAGUAUGCAUCUAUAAUGUGACAUUUUUUAAAAGUUUAUGUUCUUAAUGGUUUGUUUACACUAAUCGAUCAUAUGCACAUUUAAUUAACACAGGGAUAUAAAUGUGAUCUACUUGCCUGAAUUGUACUGCCAUUCAAAACGUGUUUACUAAUAGCAGCUUUGGCUACUUUCACUCAACAUUUAAAGAUUUUUGCUGCUUGAUUACAAUGAGCUAAUGCAGCAGAAAUUUUAAACAUGUUGUCACAACUCAGUUUUAUUGCUAUUAAGGG